UCCAUUCUUUCCUCCCACAGGACCCGGACUUCCAGGGACCCUCAGCCAUGAGGACCCUCACUCUCCUCGCUGCCCUUCUACUCCUGGCCUUCCAGGCCCAGGCUGGGACCCUGCAAGAGACAGCUGACCAGGUUCCCGCCCAGGACCAACCUGGGGUCAAGGACCAGGACCUACUUGGGGAUGAGGACCAGGAUGUGGCCGUCUCCUUCACAAGAGAGGAACGCUCCCUUAAAAAAUUUCUACGGAAACGCCCACUACCACCUGAUUUGCGUAAGAAAAUACAGAAGGUAAAAGAGGUAUUAAAAGGGAUCGUUGAAAAGACCCCCAUAAGGAUCCCUUUGGAGGGCUGCCGCUGCCGACCACAGGACCAGUGACCAUACAGCAAGGUCAGCAAGGUGCUGGAGCGUGCUUCCAGGGCUUGUAGACCCUUUGGCCAUGAGUACAAGCUUUGCUGUAAAUGAGCUUGCUGGACCGAGACCCCAAAGCACCGAGGGAUUCCAAUGAAGACCCAGACAAGCAAUAGUCUUUGUACCUCUACCUUUUCUUCUUCUAGCUCCGAAGUAAACCUAGGCAUUAAACUCA